CAAUCUUAAUAUACCCACCUUGCCAUGGCCGAUGUCCCUGCUCUGUUCACCUUAAUCUGCCAAUCGGUGCUUACUGUUCAACUUUUGCCAAACUGGUCUGUGCCCUGUAAAUACCCGUUGAAAUGAAAUGCACAAUGAAAACAAUGAAGAACUUGCUGAGUCAGAUUUUAGUGAAAAAGCAUUGACCUAGGAGUCAAGACCCACCUCUUCACUAAUUUGAUAUUGUGCAAGUCAUCUUACUUCUCGGCAUCUCAGUUGCCUGAUCUGUAAAAAAGGAGAUAAAAAUUCUUUACCUAUCUGAAGAUGAUGUGGAGGACCAUCUUACUACGAUAUUGUUUUCUUUUGGUUUCCUGUCUACUUACUGCCCUUGAAGCUGUGCCUAUAGACAUAGACAAGACAAAAGUAAAAAAUACUCAACCUGUGGACAGCGCAAAGAUAGAACCACCAGAUACUGGACUUUAUUAUGACGAAUAUCUUAAGCAAGUGAUUGAUGUGCUGGAAACAGAUAAUCAUUUCAGAGAAAAGCUCCAGAAAGCAGACAUAGAGGAAAUAAAGAGUGGGAGGCUAAGCAAAGAACUGGAUUUAGUAAGUCACCAUGUGAGGACAAAACUUGAUGAGCUGAAAAGGCAAGAAGUGGCAAGGUUAAGAAUGCUAAUUAAAGCUAAAUUGGAUUCUCUUCAAGAUACAGGCAUAGACCACCAUGCUCUUCUAAAACAAUUUGAUCACCUAAACCACCUGAACCCUGACAAGUUUGAAUCUACAGAUUUAGAUAUGCUCAUCAAAGCGGCCACAAGUGAUCUAGAACACUAUGAUAAGACUCGACAUGAAGAAUUUAAAAAAUAUGAAAUGAUGAAGGAACAUGAAAGGAGAGAAUAUUUAAAAACACUGAAUGAAGAAAAGAGAAAAGAAGAAGAAUCUAAAUUUGAAGAAAUGAGGAAAAAGCAUGAAAAUCAUCCCAAAAUUAAUCAUCCAGGAAGCAAAGAUCAACUAAAAGAGGUAUGGGAAGAGACUGAUGGAUUGGAUCCUAAUGACUUUGACCCCAAGACAUUUUUCAAAUUACAUGAUGUCAAUAAUGAUGGCUUCCUGGAUGAACAAGAAUUAGAAGCUCUAUUUACUAAAGAGUUGGAGAAAGUAUAUGACCCCCAAAAUGAGGAGGAUGAUAUGGUAGAAAUGGAGGAGGAACGGCUUAGAAUGAGGGAACAUGUAAUGAAUGAGGUUGAUGCUAACAAAGACCGAUUAGUGACUCUGGACGAGUUUUUGAAAGCUACAGAAAAAAAGGAAUUCUUGGAGCCAGAUAGCUGGGAGACAUUGGAUCAGCAACAGCUCUUCACAGAGGAAGAACUGAAAGAAUAUGAAAAUCUUAUCUCCUUACAAGAAAAUGAACUUAAGAAAAAGGCAGAUGAACUUCAGAAACAAAAGGAAGAGCUUCAGCGUCAGCAUGACCAACUUGAGGCUCAGAAGCUGGAAUAUCAUCAGGUUGUACAGCAGAUGGAACAAAAAAAAUUACAACAAGAAAUUUCUCCAUCAGGGCCUGGUGGAGAAUUGAAGUUCCAGCCACACAUUUAAAGUCCGAAGUCCACCAGAACUUGGGAGAAAACUGUUAAAUUAACAUCUGUGUCAUCUUUUUACUGCCCUUCCUUUUUUUUUCUGCUCAAUAAAUACUUUAAAGCAUA